UCAUGUAAUUCAGCCCCCUCAGCAGGUCCAGUUUUAUAUCGGAAUAUGACUGACAUGUUCGUCCAGAAGCGUAUAUAGGGCUCGAGUUCAAUAGUUCUAAUCCCAUUGAAUUGAAAGUCGCGAGCCGUGUGGAUGUUAUAGGCACUGUGGAUUUUAGUGUUUGCGCAUCCAAUUUCUCUUGAACUUUUUUUUUUUCUCAGCAUUUUCUAGCAUAGAGGACAUAUAUUUUUUGCUAUUUGAGUUGGAUUGCACAUCGCAAUAGUUAUGAUAUUCAGGAGAAGUCUCUGCUUGCUGCCCUUGGUGUUACUAUGUAUCAGAGCACUACCUCAAGAUGGCCCUGUGGAAGAUGAAUCUACGUUUGACCUUUUUAAAAUCAGCAGCAUUAGCAGAAAGACAAUUGGUGUCAAGCUUUUCAAGGGCCAUGACUGGGAUUCACCGGCAUACCGUUUCAUCCGCUUUGACCACAUCCCUUCUGUGAACACCCUAGCCCUUCAUCAGAUCCUCAAGCAGAUCCAGAACAAUGAGGGUUUCAUGUUUGUGGCAACAAUGCGACAGGACAAGGGCUCCAGGGGCACCCUGAUUGGCCUGGAGAGUCCCAGUGGGAGCCGUCAGUUUGAGGUUGUGUCCAAUGGGCGGGCCAACACGCUGGAUCUGGCCUACAUGGUAGAGGGAUCCCAGAAUGUGGUGUCGUUUGAGGAUGUGGACUUAUCUGAUUCGCAGUGGAAGAACAUCACACUGUACAUUCAUGGAGAGAAUGCUCACCUGUAUGUGGGCUGCAGCCUCAUUGACAGUGUGAUCCUAGAUGAGCCUUUCUAUGAGCAGCUGUGGCCAGAGGGCAGUCAGAUGUAUGUGGCUAAAGGAUCUAUCAGGGAAAACCACUUCAGGGGUUUACUACAGAAUGUACAGUUCCUUUUUGACACCCCAAUAGAGAACAUCCUGAGACAAAAAGGUUGUGAGAUCGCCAAACCUGAGGAAGUCAGUGUGGUAAAUGAGAGCACAGAGACCGUGUCUGUCAGUACGGCGAUGACCAACUUCAUUGGGCAAAAGGAGAAACUGGCAUCAGACUUGUGCGAGCGCUCCUGCGAGGAGCUCAGCACCAUGUUCCAGGAGCUCAAAGGUCUUCGUAUCAUUGUGGGAAAUCUCAUUGAUGGCUUACAGAAAGUGACUGAGGAGAACACAGUGAUGAAGGAGGUGUUGGGAAACAUGAAGAACAUCAAAGACAAGCACAUGUGCUGGCAAGACGGCCGUCUCUUUGAGAAUAGGGAGGACUGGGUUGUUGACAGCUGUACGAAGUGUACCUGUCAGGAAUCAAAGAUUGUGUGCCAUCAAAUCACUUGUCCUCCAGUAGCCUGUGCCAGUCCCACUUUCCUGGAUGGAGAAUGCUGUCCGGUGUGCCUGCCUAAAGACAGCGAGGAUGAUGGCUGGUCCCCUUGGUCUGAAUGGACGCAGUGUACUGUCACAUGUGGAACAGGUACCCAGCAAAGAGGCAGGUCAUGUGACGCCACAAGUAACCCCUGCAGUGGCUCCUCCAUUCAGACUCGCAGGUGCAGUCUGGGAAAAUGUGACAGUCGGGUUCGUCAAGAUGGUGGUUGGAGUUUGUGGUCCCCUUGGUCUUCAUGCUCAGUGACAUGUGGAGAGGGGCAGAUCACACGUAUUCGCCACUGUAACGCCCCCGUACCUCAGCUGGGAGGGAAGGACUGUGAGGGCAAUGGAAGAGAGACACAAAAGUGUGAAGCCAAACCAUGUCCAAUUGAUGGAGCCUGGGGCCCAUUUUCUCCUUGGGCAAUCUGCUCUGUCACCUGUGGGGGAGGAAUGAGGACCCGAUCACGUGUGUGUAACAGCCCUCGACCACAGUAUGGUGGCAAGAAAUGCCCAGGAGAGUCCAAGGAUACUGAAGCGUGCAACAAACAGGACUGCCCUGUUGACGGUUGUCUUUCUAACCCAUGCUUUGGGGGUGCUGAAUGCAUCAGCGCCCCUGAUGGCUCUUGGGAGUGCGGGCCCUGUCCUGUCGGUUUCCGUGGUGAUGGAACAUUCUGUGAGGAUGUGAAUGAGUGUGAAAUGGUGCCUGAUCUGUGCUUUAAAGUUGGUGAAUCACAACGCUGCGUCAACACAGACCCAGGAUUCCACUGCUUGCCUUGCCCUCCUCGAUACAAAGGUAAUCAGCCCUUUGGAAUGGGAGUGGAGGCUGGCAAGCAAAAUAAACAGGUUUGUGAACCAGAGAAUCCCUGUAUGGACAAGACCCACAACUGCCACAGGUCUGCUGAGUGUAUCUACCUCGGCCACUUCAGUGACCCCAUGUAUAAAUGUGAUUGUAAAAUCGGCUAUGCUGGGGACGGCCUCAUUUGUGGUGAGGACUCUGACCUUGAUGGCUGGCCUAAUCAGAACCUGGUGUGUGGAGCUAACCAAUCCUAUCAUUGCAAGAAGGAUAAUUGUCCCAAACUUCCAAACUCAGGGCAAGAGGACUUUGAUAAAGACGGUCAAGGAGACGCCUGUGACAAAGACGAUGAUAAUGAUGGAAUCUUGGAUGAGGGGGACAACUGUCCUCUACUGUAUAAUCCCAGGCAAUUUGACUACGAUAAAGACCUUGUUGGUGAUCGUUGUGAUAAUUGUCCAUAUGAACACAACCCUGCUCAAAUCGACACAGACGGUAAUGGGGAGGGAGAUGCCUGCUCUGAAGACAUUGAUGGUGAUGAGGUUCUAAAUGAGCUUGAUAACUGCCCCUACAUGUACAACAGUGACCAGAAGGACACAGAUAUGGAUGGAGUGGGUGACCAGUGUGAUAACUGCCCUCUGCUGCACAACCCAGACCAGUCUGACUCAGAUAAUGACCGGGUUGGUGACCAGUGUGAUAACAAUCAUGACAUCGAUGAGGAUGGCCACCAGAACAACCUGGAUAACUGUCCCUACAUUCCCAAUGCUAACCAGGCUGACCAUGACAAAGAUGGGAAAGGAGAUGCUUGUGAUUAUGACGAUGAUAAUGAUGGAAUCCCUGAUGAUAAGGACAACUGCAGACUGGUGCCCAACAAAGACCAACUAGACUCUGAUGGGGAUGGAAGAGGUGAUGGAUGCAAAGACGAUUUUGACAACGACAACAUUCCAGACAUUUUGGACGUGUGCCCUGAGAAUGAUGCCAUCGGUAACACUGACUUCCGCAAGUUUCAGAUGGUGCAUUUGGACCCCAAAGGAACUACACAAAUUGAUCCCAACUGGGUGGUCCGACAUCAGGGCAAAGAGUUGGUUCAAACUGCCAAUUCUGACCCUGGUAUUGCUGUGGGUUUUGAUGAGUUUAAUGCUGUGGACUUCAGUGGCACUUUCUACGUCAACACUGACAGAGAUGACGAUUAUGCCGGGUUUGUGUUUGGCUAUCAGUCUAGUGGGCGAUUCUAUGUGGUAAUGUGGAAGCAGAUUACACAGACAUACUGGGAAGAGGAGCCUUCAAAAGCCUUUGGCAUCUCAGGGGUUUCUCUGAAAGUGGUCAACUCCACCACGGGCACAGGGGAGCACCUGCGAAACGCCCUGUGGCACACAGGGGACACUCCUGGACAGGUCCGCACACUGUGGCAUGACCCCAAGAAUAUCGGCUGGAAGGAUUACACUGCUUACAGGUGGCAUCUCAUCCACAGACCCAAGACAGGCUUCAUCAGAGUGGUGGUUUAUGAGGGGAAACAGAUCAUGGCAGACUCAGGACCAGUUUAUGAUAAGUCACUAGCAGGAGGGAGAUUAGGACUGUUUGUGUUCUCCCAGGAAUUGGUUUACUUCUCUGAUCUGAAGUAUGAGUGUCGAGAUAACUGAGCAAGAAACGAAACAGAACCUGUAAAAGACUAUGGCACAACAACACACUUGCACACUUUCUGACCAAACACUAAAAACAAGGACUUUGGAGGACCCCCAGCCAAAACUAUCCUAUAAAGGAGAAAUAGUGAGCAUAUAGUAUCAGACGCACAUUUAUAGGGAUUCAUCGGAUAGCUGUUUCGUGCUGUCACUUAAGGUUUAGAACCCUUUUUAGAAGCUAUUUGAGCUCAAUCUUUUUUUAGUCAAAGGAUGGCUUGUUUAAUAGAACAAACAAACAUACAAAGAAUUUUUAGGAUAACUAAAUCUGUUUUACUUGCACAAGAUUUUUGGACUUCCUGUGUAUUGUUACAUUUUGCUGAAUUUUUCUUUGGAUUUGCUGUUGUAACGGAUAUAUCUUUUUCUACAACCCUUGAUUCUAACAGGGGCUUUGGGUUUGAGCAUAUUGAUGUUUUAGAGAGCUGUGAGAUGAAGAUGUUUAUAUUAAGACUGUAUCAUAAUUACUUGUGUAAAGUAUUUAUAUGACUCUUGCAUUUCAGUACUAAGUUUGUCUAGUUUUUUUGUAGUGCUUUCAGAACCUAGACAUUGUAAAUACUAAUUUAUUUGUUUACACUUACAAAAUUUGACUAUUGCAGAAAUAGAGAUUUAAAACAUUUUAAUCGCUGUGCUUCUAGACAUUUACUAUGCAACUUCAUGCCUAUGCAGCUUUGUAUCUUUCAGUAAUUGAUAGAAUUAUUUUCUAAAUGUGAGAUGGAAAUGUGAGUAUUUCUUUUUUGAGAUAUCACGCUGCACACUGCAAUUGUUACUUUCAACACAAACUUGGUGGUCUUGAACCACUUUUUCAUUUAGUGUCUUAUUUUUAUCCUUUUUAUCAGAGCAAAUGUCAUGGGAGUGCAUAUGAAACUUCAUAGGACAAAUUGACUAUAGUUUAUAUAUCAAUACGUACAUAUGUAAAUUGUGUUAUUCAUUCAGUCCAGAAUGUUGUUGAGCCUUCAGAUUCAUCAAUGUGUUUGUCUUUUUUUUUCAUAACCAUAUUUCAUAUUUUGUAAAAAAAAAAUAAUAAUAAUAAUAAAUAAAAAAAAGUUCAAUGCCUUUUUAAGCAACAUCUCCAGAAAACCUUGUAACGUUUUCUAUAAUUGUUCUUACCAUUUUACUGUUGUUCUUAAAUAAAAGGUUU